UCCUCCCCGCGACCGCUACAUUCUGCGCCGAAACCCAGAGUCUCUCGCGGUCCGUAUUUUAACUUCUUCCCACAGACCUAGUGGUACCUCGUUGGGUACCGGGAGACAGAUUGGAUUACUGACAUCAAGGAUUGAGUGUGAUUUUACGCGGAUGACGACUCCUUCAACGAGAAUUUAGUAAAAGAAAAUUGGUCGGAAAUUUCAGAAUAUGUCGAGGGGACCCUAAUUUCAGCAUCCUGGAAGUAGAAAGCACUGAAGAUCUGUGUCUCACACCACAGACAGGUGCAGUGUGUAGCCGGGGCAGCACAGAGAAAGCAAGCUCUGGGGAGGAGGCGGUGCGGCAGGGUGCCUCUCCGGCUGUGGAUGUGCAGGGUGGCAACCCCCAGGCUGCACAGAAUGUGGCUGGGGAGUCACCUCAGCAUGCCCCGCAGCCGGUCGCAGCUGCCCCCCGCCCAGUCCCUCCGUUCACCAAUCUGUCCACUUUGCCACUGCCAGAGAGCAACAACUCAACAUUCCUCGGCAUGGAGAGCGCCCGUCAGACCAUCUUGCCGGAGACACUCCCGAUCACCAGCGUCUCCGAAGAAGUCCCAGCUGGGGAUAGUGUUGUCGGAGUUUCGAGAUCCUUGCCAACAUCUCUCAACGCGGACUGUAGUUCCUGCGCUGAGAUGCAAGGGCUUUCAGCUCCCCUUUGUCCCCCUCUCGCCCCAGAAACACAAAUUGACAGCACAGUGCAAGAGUUGCAAUACGGGUCAAAAACUGAUAAAGAGAAAAGCCACACAAAUAGUCAGACAAAUCAAGUGCCGCCUAGAGAAGCUGCUGGACUUGUGGUUAUCACAGGGACAAAGGAAAAACAGUCCAUCACAUUGGAAUAUAAACCAGAGACUGGAACAAAAGUGGAACUUUGCGGAAAAGAGCACACAGGUGGAAAUAUUCUUCUCCGACCCAAAUCUCAAAUCUGUUUCCGAGCCCCAGUUCCCUCUGUCUCACAAUCAAGUGUUGUUAUUAAAGUCCAAGACACCACAGAACACAGGGCUAUGGUCCUGGACUCGGAAACAUCUACAAUCCCUUUACCCUCGUCUGGAAACGGUGAGAUUAAACAAAGUGACUUGUCGAAAACACAACCUAAAAUCACCACAGAGCUCUCAGCUGAUGCCAGAGAAAUGCAGAAAGCUAAUUCUUUGGAAUCAGUUGAGAUGUCUGAGUCUGUCAAAGAGCUUGUUGACACUUCUCACAACGAGAGACAACCUCCCUCAGCUGCAAUACAUGGGACCAACAUCCAGAGGAGCUGCGAUCCACUCGUAGGAGAGCAGGUGGAGAGUAGCAUGAAGGAAGACCAAACUGACACCUCCUCAUCUGACAUCACAAUGCUGCCAGAGUGCUCUUUCUCACAGGAGAGUUACUCGAAACCCUCUGCUGCACCCCCUCUGUUUGUCUCAGUGCAGACGGAGCUGGUUGUUGAAUCGGAAACAUCUCACCCCUGUGAACAAGAGACGCCACUAACUGCCGAGCUUGUGCAUUCAGCCGAGGCUCAAGAAAUCGUUGUGGUCAGGGAGGAAGCUCACAUCAGCGGGGACUGGACUAACAUGCACCUGAAUCAGAGUUACCUCCUGCAGAGAGAAGAUGGCAGCGUCUGUGAAGCUGCCAUUGUAAACCAGCUGAGUUCUGGAGAACCAAAGCUGUAUGAAGAAAGUGUUCAAGCAGACACCGAGAUGGACUCGCAGCCUGUGGAAGUGUACGAGUUUUGCACCCUGGUGGAGGAGGUUGCGGAGGAAGUAUGUGCCAGCAGCAGCGCACUGGUACCCCACUCUCCAGGAUACGAGGUGAACUUAUUCAACGCAUUACUCGAACACUCUGUGGACCUUGAACCAGCAAUUCACACACUUAAUGAAAGUGAACCUGUCAUUAUUUCCCAGGAGCCUUCAGCAUCGCAUGAUGCAAAUCAGAUACAGGCAAACCUUAAUUCCCAUAAUUUGUCCAUACAAAACACUGGGGCAGCUGCUGUCGUCAGGCAGCAUUUGGUAUUAGAUGCUAACCAAGCUGUUCAAGUGGCUAACUCAAGUGAGGUUUGUUUAGUUGAAGUAGCUGCUGACUCAUUCACUGUUGAACAGACAGACACUGGCCAACAAACACCUUGCUCACAGGUCAAUGAGGCAAUAUCAGACCAAACAGAGUUGAGUGAUUCUCCUGCAAUUCAAACGACUCUCCUUAAACAGAAAGCAGAAGCAACAGCUGGUGCACUGUCUUUCAUAGCCCCCUCUCUAAAUCAGACUGUAAGUGCUACAAAGCGUGAGGCCUGUGUUUCUUCACAUGAAGGGACCAAAGGAACCCCCCCUGCUUUGACUGAGACUCCAUCACAGAAAAUCCAGAAUGUUGCUGUGCCCACAGAAACCAAACCAGAGGCUUUCUGCACCACUCGCCACUCUGGUACUAUAAAUCCAAAGCUGCUCCUUCUUAAACCGGGAGAAACUCCUCUCCUGAAGCACCCACCCUCCCUUUUGGCACGGCUGUCCAAGCAACAGAAUGCGGCUGGCAAGCUGGCAGUGAAUGCCCACAGCUCUGAGGAGUGCCUUCCCCAAACUGUCUCGGACUCUUUAUGUGCGCCUGUGGCUCUUGGCGGCCAGAAAGAUCAGACGCAGUGCUCUGUCAAUACAAUUUCUGUGUCAGCAGCCCCGCCUGUCAAGGUACAGCAGCCCACUACGAGCGGUAUCUCACUUCAACCUGUCCAGACUGCAUCUGUCACAACCUCAACAAGCAAAUCUGACAAAGAGGCCUUAAAUGUUACUGAAACUACAAGUGAAAAGUCCCAAGAUGUUGUCACCCCUACUACGUCUAACGCCCUUUACAUGCUCUCAGCACCAGUGGAAAGGGAAGAUGAAGCAUCUACCAGUCUCAAUGAUCCCCCCAGCCAACAGGACUCCCUCCAUGUGGAGGAAGAGAGUGAAGACAUGGAGCCGGACGAACCAACGGACGAAACCGAGGCUCAGGAGGACGCCUCAGGGCAGGUCAGCAGCCCAGAAGAAGGAAGUGACGAAGAACCAGACUGCGACAAAACGGAAGGCGAGAUGAACACCCCCAGCUCUCCAAACAAGGUACUCCAGUGGAUAGCAGACAGGGUCACGGAAAAUUCAUCUCCCGUCUCACCCUCCACCUCUUCUCACCCGGGUCCCUCACCCUCCAGUGAUUGGUCGAACCUACAACGGGACAAGUCUUCACCUCUCCGGGGUCCUCAUGGGAAGUUUGUGUCUCCCAUUUCUACUGGCGGCAGAUGCAGUUCCUCCUCUUCCCCACCUGAUCAGGUCACUCCUCAGCGCCCCCGCGGAGAGCGUCACACAGACAUGGCAGAGCUGGCUAAACAUGAAGCAGACAUCGAGCAUCGGACCCAGUCACUGAAGCGGGAGGGCUUCUGGUCAACGAAGCGUCUCACCCGCCUGACGGAGCCGCCGCGACCCAAAGUUCACUGGGACUACCUGUGUGAGGAGAUGCAGUGGCUCUCUGCAGACUUCGCUCAGGAGAGGCGCUGGAAGAGAGGAGUGGCUAGAAAGGUGGUCCGAAUGGUGAUGAAAUACCACGAGGAGCUGAGGCAAAAAGAAGAAAAAGCCAAGCGAGACGAGCACUCUAAGAUCAGAAGAGUCGCCUCUUCUAUCGCCAAGGAGGUCCGGGCUUUCUGGAGCAGUGUGGAGAAGGUGGUUCAGUACAAGCAGCAGUCCAGACUGGAGGAGAAGAGGAAGAAGGCUUUGGACCUUCAGCUGGACUUCAUUGUCGGACAGACGGAGAAAUACUCUGACCUCCUCAGCCAGUCGCUCGCACCUACCGGACCUGCCGAAGCUGAACCUGAACCUGAGCCUGUCACAGAGACUCCCCAAAAACCUGCGACUCCUGCCGCUGAUGAGGAGGACAGAGACUUUGAACCUCCCUGUGAGGAAGAGGAUGAUGAACAGACCUUAGAUGUGGAGGAGCAGCAGGAGGGCAAUGAUGCUGAGAGCCAUCGGAGGGAGAUUGAACUGCUGAAGGAGGAGGGCAUGCUGCCCCUGGACCAAUUACUCAGCACCAUCAAACUGGCUCAGGAGUCGGUCUCAGAUGGAGAAUGCUCUGAUGAAAGCUCUUCAUCAGAGGUGAAGGAAGAGGAAGAUGGUGAAUUCACUGCCAAUGAAGAGGAUGCUAAGGAUGAGGAGGACACCAUAGAUGACCAGGAGAAGGUGGAGGGAGAUGUGAACCAUGCAGAGGAACUUGAUGACUUGGCCAGAGAAGGUGAAAUGAGCGUCGAGGAGCUGCUGGAGAAGUACAAAGGAGCGUAUGCAUCAGACUUUGAGGCUCCGUCUGGAUCUGGCUCUAAAGAGAGUUCUGAUUCGGAGGUGUCUGGGGAUGAGGAGGAGGAGACUGAAGAAGAUGAGAGUGAUGUGGAAAGCAACUCUUCCUCUUCAGAUUCAGCAGGAGAAAGCGGGGAAGAUGAUGACAGUGAGAAAGAAGAAGAGGGGAGUGAGGAAGAAGAAGAAGAUGAUGAUGAUGGCUGUGGAGAUGAAGGGAUGGAGGUUUUGCUGAAGGAGGGAGACAACAGCCCACCUUCUUCCAGCUCACGACCAAAGAAAGAGAUCAGCCACAUCGCUGCCACUGCAGAGAGCCUGCAGCCAAAGGGCUACACGUUGGCUACUGCAAAGGUCAAGACCCCCAUCCCCUUCUUGCUUCAUGGCACGUUACGAGAAUACCAACACAUUGGACUUGACUGGCUGGUCACCAUGUACGAGAAAAAGCUCAACGGCAUUCUGGCUGAUGAGAUGGGACUGGGCAAGACUAUCCAGACCAUCGCUCUGCUGGCUCACCUCGCCCUUGAAAAAAGUAACUGGGGGCCUCACCUCAUCAUCGUCCCCACCAGUGUGAUGUUGAACUGGGAAAUGGAGCUAAAACGAUGGUGUCCUGGAUUUAAAAUCCUCACAUACUUUGGCAGCCAAAAGGAGAGAAAGCUGAAGAGACAGGGCUGGACGAAGCCUAAUGCUUUCCACGUGUGCAUCACUUCGUACAAGCUGGUGCUGCAGGAUCACCAGGCGUUCCGACGCAAGUCCUGGAGAUACCUGAUCCUGGACGAGGCACAAAACAUCAAGAACUUCAAGUCUCAGCGCUGGCAGAGCCUGCUGAACUUCAACAGCCACCGGCGCCUGCUGCUGACAGGAACUCCUCUCCAGAACAGCCUGAUGGAGCUGUGGUCUCUGAUGCACUUCCUCAUGCCCCACGUCUUCCAGUCCCACCGCGAGUUCAAGGAAUGGUUCUCCAACCCGCUGACGGGAAUGAUCGAGGGCAGCCAGGAGUACAAUGAGGGCCUGGUCAAGAGGCUGCACAAGGUGCUGAGGCCGUUCCUGCUCAGGAGGAUCAAGAUUGACGUGGAGAAGCAGAUGCCCAAAAAAUACGAGCAUGUUGUGCGCUGUCGCCUCUCCAAGAGACAACGGUUUCUCUACGAUGACUUCAUGGCACAGGCCUCGACCCGGGAAACGCUGGCGAGUGGUCACUUCAUGUCUGUGAUUAACAUCUUAAUGCAGCUCCGCAAAGUGUGCAACCACCCCAACCUGUUCGACCCUCGGCCCAUCCAGUCGCCCUUCAUCACCAAGCCCAUUGUUUUCCAUACAGCCUCUCUGGCGAUGGACGCUCUGGAGAUCUCCCCUUUGAAGCGCUGCGACCUUUCAAUGUUUGACCUUGUUGGUUUGGAGAGCCGUGUGUCCCGCUACCAGGCAGACAUCUUCCUGCCACGCCACAAGGUCAACCGGCAACUCAUCCAGGAGGUCAUGGAUUACCCUGAACCCCCUCCGAGACCUAAACCGGUCCGCAUGAAGGUCAACAGGAUGUUCCAGCCGCCUCCUAAAAGUGAUAACCGACCGGUCCUCCUGAUGAAUAAACCCACCUGCUCAGUGCCUCCUGCAGCACAGACCCCCAAAUCUCUAGUUACUGAAGUCUCCACAGCUGCUGCUCCUGCUCCUGUGGUUCAACAAGUGGUGUGUACAGUGGCAACCACGGCCCCCCCUCGCCUGCCCAUGCAUCCAACUGCUCAAAUUGCAGUGAGAGCCAGCGCCCCAAAGCCAGUGCUGACCGUUCGGCCUCCCACUGCUUCCUGCACCACCAGCAUCGCCGCUCAUCCAGGCCCCGUCCCCGGCAGCGUCCUGCCCCAGAGGGUGCUGCUCAGUCCGGACAUGCAGGCCAGGUUGCCUUCUGGUGAGGUAGUGAGCAUAGCCCAGCUGGCCUCCCUGGCAGGGCGUCCUGUGUCGUGUCAGGGCAGUAAACCUGUCACCUUCCAGCUGCAGGGCAACAAGCUGACUCUGUCUGGAGCCCAGCUCCACCAGGUCCCAGCAGCUUCCCCACGCCCCGUGCAAGGUAAUGUGAUGCACCUGGUGACCAGCGGGAUGCAGCACCACCUCAUCAGCCAGACCACCCAGGUGACAGUCCAGAGCGCAGUCAGCACCUCCGCCACUGCUCCAGCUUCCAAUCGGAUGCCUCACAAUAUCACAGCGCAAGUGGUCCCCUCCUUGGUGAGCAGCCCGGGUGUGGUGAAGAUCGUUGUGCGUCAGACAGCAGGCAAGGACGGUGGGCCCGUGCCGACCCUGGCAGUGGCCCCUUCCCCUCGUUUUGGUCCUCUGGCCUCCCUUUCCCCUUACCCUCACGCCACCACAACCCCUGUUAGAAUCCCAGCUCCACUGCAAAUCUCCCAGCGCACCCCCGGUCCUGCUACUGCUCACUACACCAUAGCUCCUCCUGGAAACCCUAGCUCUACCCCAAACCAGCCCCACCCCCCUCGCCCCAUCCUCAAGGUAGUGCAGCCCCCUCCACCGAGCACAGAGCAGCCAGCUCCAGUUCAGGUGAGCUCCUCGUCCUCUGCGUCCAAACCCCUGGCAGCACCGCAUGAGAGCAGCAACAGCAGCAGUCAAACACCAGCUACCACUAAGUCCAGGCCCAGUGCAAAACCUCUCCCUCCACCCAGGAGAAGGCCGCCUCCACCUCCCCGCUCUCCUUUCCACUUGGCAUGGAUGGCAGACAGCCAGAAACAACAGCGUGACAGCCGACUGGACUUCAUCAUUAGAGUGAACGAGAACCGCUGUGCAGCGAAACCCAUGUAUGGCCAGGAGGUUCUGAACUUCCUGACUUUUCUCCCUGGAAGCCAUCCCUCGCCGGCCCCCCUGAGCGCUCGGGGGGAGUGGGGCCGCUCGGGUCACAGCAGCGCUCUGUACGCUCAGUGGCAAAACAAAUCUGACUUCUGGUUCCAGAGUCAAGCUGUGAGAGAGGCCAUCCACAGCAUUGAUGACAGACUGGAGCUGCUCAAUCCCAUUAUAGACAGGUUUACAUUUGCGAUUCCCCCAGUGGAGGCUCGUCCGAUCUCCAUGCACUGCUGCCACCCUCCACCCUCCCUGAGCCACAAGCAGGCCGUCUUCUCCACUCAGCUGUCAGCUCAAGUCACUCCGCUGGCUCGCAGUCUCCAUCGUAUCCAGUGUUACACGCGGACCCAGUUCCCGGACCUGAGGCUCAUACAGUAUGAUUGCGGUAAGCUGCAGACUCUGCACACUCUGCUGCGAAAGCUGAAGACAGGAAGCCACAGAGUGUUGAUCUUCACUCAGAUGACGCGCAUGUUAGAUGUGCUGGAGCAGUUCCUCAACUACCACGGACACAUCUACCUGCGUUUGGAUGGCAGCACCCGUGUAGAGAUGAGACAGUCUCUCAUGGAGCGCUUCAAUGCAGACCGGCGUAUUUUCUGCUUCAUUUUGUCGACUCGCAGCGGAGGUGUAGGGGUGAAUCUGACUGGCGCCGACACAGUCGUCUUCUACGACAGCGACUGGAACCCCACCAUGGACGCUCAGGCACAGGACCGCUGCCAUCGAAUCGGCCAGACCAGAGACGUACACAUCUACAGGCUGAUCAGCGAGCGAACGGUGGAAGAGAAUAUUUUGAAGAAGGCAAAUCAGAAGAGGAUGCUGGGAGAUAUGGCUAUUGAAGGAGGAAACUUUACUACUGCUUUCUUCAAAGAGCAAACCAUCCGAGAUCUGUUUGAUAUGAAUGAUGGGGAGAAGAGGGAGGCGGCAGUCGAGCUAACAGUGUCGCAACCUGAGGAGGAGGAGGCUGUCAACAAACAGAGCACCACCAUUCUGGAGCAGGCCUUAUGUCGUGCUGAGGAUGAGGAGGACAUAGUAGCAGCCUCUCAGGCCAAAGCGGAGCAGGUGGCAGAACUUGCAGAGUUCAACGAGAACAUACCACUGGAUGAUGCAGGAGAACAGGAGGAGGUGGAGGAGCUGUCAAAGGCAGAGCAGGAAAUUGCUGCUCUGGUGGAGCAGCUCACCCCGAUUGAACGCUAUGCCAUGAACUUCCUGGAGGCCUCACUAGAAGACGUAUGCAAAGAGGAGUUGAAGCAGGCUGAGGAGCAAGUGGAGGCUGCCAGGAAGGGCCUGGACCAGGCCAAGGAGGAAGGCCUAAAGCUCAACGCUUCAUCCGAUGACGACGACAAUGACUCGUCACUGCCAGCUUCUGUGGAGCCUACUCAGCCAGGCCGCCGUGGCCGUAAACCCAAGGAGGCAAGCAAGAACGUCUCCUCUACCAGGACCAGCGGUCGGCUGCGCGGGGCGUCGCCCGAAACUGAGCCUGAAAAGUCGCCCACGUCGCCAAAAGAAGUGCCUGAAAGACUGCGUUGUGGUCUGAGACGAGGAGCUGCCAAAGACUCUGAUACUGUGUCUACCACACCAUCCCGCACAGACGAUAAUAAAACGUCCUCAUCAACCAGACUUCAAGAUUCCUCUAAAUCGUCAAAAGCCUCAUCUCCUGCCAGAGAUCAACACACAAUCAAAACCAGGACUUUGCCGAACCGCUCUCAUCCCAGUCCAGUGCCUUCCCCUCCAACAAGCUCUCCUCCCACAAGGAAACAACCGUGUCUUGGGGAGACCGACAGCAAGACCUCAAAAGACUGCAGAGAGGAGAAAGAAUCCGAGUCAUUGCCAGAAUCCAGCUUCCCGGUAGACCACGAAGCAAAAGAUUAUGACACCAAAGACCACAGCGCAAUGUCUCCACCCUCCACCAGCUCUCGAUCGCCUCGCAAGCGCCAGUCAGCAGACGAAGAAGUGCUGCGCGGCCUUGUCGAAGAUUCCCCAUCAGCCAAAGUCCUGCGGAAGCUUCCUGGGAGGCUGGUCACGGUGGUGGGGGAGAAGGAGCCACGAAGGAGGAGGCAGCGAGGAAGCGGCACUGGAGCUUCUUCAGAGGAGGCUACCGCAGAGGAGAACCCUUCCGGAUCAGUCGAAGAAUCAAACACAAAAGACAACACAAAAGACAACACAAAAGACAACACAAAAGACAACACAAAAGACAACACAAAAGACAACACAAAAGACAACACAUCACCAAGCUCCGACAGCAAAACUAAAGGGGCCGUUGCUCAAUUUCCAAAGGACCAAGAUUCUACUCCAAAACCUUCUGUGCACCAUCCACCUGUCAGAAGUUACGCUCCAUAUUCUCCAGCCCAUCUUUCUCCUGACAUGCCUGUGCUGAGAAAUCUUCCUGUACGCCGCAGGUUGGAAACUGAAUCUCGCAUGGCUGCUCAGCUGGGAGAGCAGCUUCUGAGUCGGGGAAGGGGAGCGAACCAGUCCAGAAAAACUGAAACACCAGGCAAAGACACAACCUCUACAGAGUCCAAUGUCAAUUCUCUUGCGGGAAAUUUGAAAAGAAAGAGGGGCCGGCCCCCUAAGACUCCCCCAAGGUUACCUGAGGCUGGCAACACAGUGGCCUCUUCCCCACAGCCCACAUCGCAAAGCGAAGAAGGGAACCCGCCAAACUCCCCGAAACGUAAGAGGGGGCGUCCUCGCAAAGACUCCACAACCUCGCCAGAAACUAUUAGUGAAGAACAGAACUCUAAAAAUGAGUCCACUGAAAAUGAUGCAAGCAAAGAGCCAACAGUACUGUCUCUCAAUGUGUCAGAGACACCCAUAGCAGAUGUUAUCACUACAAGUCAGGAUUCACAGUCUACCAAAGCUGAGGAAAUGGACACUAAGAGUGAGGUUUCAACCCCUGCUCCAAACCCAGCUCAAGCUCACACAACCACAACCACAGAUACAGUUUCAAAACCAGCUUCACCCCUAUCACCCACUGCACCUGCACCCCUUCCUGUAGCUGCCUCCACACCAGUCUCAGCCCAAUUCCUUAAUUCAGAUCUGACUACAGUUCCAAGCUCAGACACAGCACACCCACAGGUGUCCUCUGGAACACAUUCUAUGUCUGCUGUUACAACCACCACCCAUCCAGCUCCAUUGGUACCCACCAGUACUGUUGCAUCAACCAAUAAGGGUGUAAAACCAACAGCUGCCAAUACUCUCAUACAGCCAAAACCUUCAGUUUCUACAACUCCUAAAGCUCAAGUAGAGCCCAAACCUUCAGUUUCUACAACUUCUGCAGCCCCUGUCGAGCCCAAACCUUCAGUUUCUACAACUUCUGCAGCCCCUGUCGAGCCCAAACCUUCAGUUUCUACAACUUCUGCAGCCCCUGUAGAGCCCAAACCUUCAGUUUCUACAACUUCUGCAGCCCCUGUAGAGCCCAAACCUUCAGUUUCUACAACUUCUGCAGCCCCUGUCGAGCCCAAACCUUCAGUUUCUACAACUUCUGCAGCCCCUGUCGAGCCCAAACCUUCAGUUUCUACAACUUCUGCAGCCCCUGUCGAGCCCAAACCUUCAGUUUCUACAACUUCUGCAGCCCCUGUCGAGCCCAAACCUUCAGUUUCUACAACUUCUGCAGCCCCUGUAGAGCCCAAACCUUCAGUUUCUACAACUUCUGCAGCUCCUGUCGAGCCCAAACCUUCAGUUUCUACAACUUCUGCAGCCCCUGUCGAGCCCAAACCUUCAGUUUCUACAACUUCUGCAGCCCCUGUAGAGCCCAAACCUUCAGUUUCUACAACUUCUGCAGCCCCUGUAGGGCCCAAACCUUCAGUUUCUACAACUUCUGCAGCCCCUGUAGAGCCCAAACCUUCAGUUUCUACAACUUCUGCAGCCCCUGUAGAGCCCAAACCUUCAGUUUCUACAACUUCUGCAGCCCCUGUAGAGCCCAAACCUUCAGUUUCUACAACUUCUGCAGCCCCUGUCGAGCCCAAACCUUCAGUUUCUACAACUUCUGCAGCCCCUGUCGAGCCCAAACCUUCAGUUUCUACAACUUCUGCAGCCCCUGUCGAGCCCAAACCUUCAGUUUCUACAACUUGUAAAGCUCAAGUAGAGCCCAAACCUUCAGUUUCUACAACUUCUGCAGCCCCUGUAGAGCCCAAACCUUCAGUUUCUACAACUUCUGCAGCUCCUGUCGAGCCCAAACCUUCAGUUUCUACAACUUCUAAAGCUUGUAAAGAGCCCAUUCCUUCACCUAUUACAAAUUCACAAGCUCUUGUAGAGCCUAAAAUUGCACAUACUACAACUUCUAAAGCUUCUGUAGAGCCUAAACAAUCAGUUUCUUCAACAACUGUGAAAACAACAGACCCAGGCUCCGCUAAAACCACCACAGUAGCGCCACCAGCUGCUAGCACUCCAUUGACUUUACCCUCUUCCAUGAUGGCUGUCAAAGCUGUUCCAACAUCAAUCCCUGCCACAGCAACCGCUAAUAAGGUCAUAUCAGAAAAAGUCAGCAUUACUUCACCAGUCACUACAGUAAAAUCAGUCACAUCUAAAAAUACAGCUGUAAAGGACUUGCCACAGGCCUCCUCUCUUCCAUCCACAACAUCGACCCCAGCUGUUGUAACCUCCACCCCACCUACAGCUUCACCAAAACCCACUUCGACAUCUUCCCCCACUUCAGCAACAACCACAUUAACAGUAAAAUCAGUCCAAGCUAGUCCAUCAGACGCUAGCACAGUUUCCACAGAAAAUCCAACAACGCCUGCUUCUAGAAUACCAUCAGAAUCAUCUGUGUCAUCGUCUGCUGCAAAUACAGUUCCAUCUUCUCCGAGGACUAAUUUGACACCAACCAAACCAGACUCGACCAUUGCUCCGACACAUGAAGGUGGCUACAUAAAACGUCCUCCUUCAACAACAGCAACGUCUACUACUGUAACUACCACAGCCAAGGAGAAGGCAGUGGCAGUUACGUCAUCACCCCCAACAGAGAAAGUCCAAGUCACCACCCCUUUAGAAACAGCAUGCCCUUCCAAAGAACAAACAACUGCAGAAAAGACUGUCAAGAUCCCAUCUCCCGUGACAACUUCUACACCAGCUCCAUUACCAACAGUUACCACAACUACAUCACCCCCAGAAAAGUCCAUGACAGUUUCUACCACAAACGUCAAAACUACUCAAGUGUCCUCUACUAUAGUCGCCCCUGUGACUCGAUCAACUGUAGAAGUUAACACAACAAAUACAGUUCCCGUGUCCACCACACAAACGGCUCCAGAUGUUUCCCUGCAAGUACAAAGCUCUGCAUCCAGUGAGGUACCAACACCUGCUCCCUCUAGUGUUACAUCUGAGAAACAAUCACUAAAACACAAAGCACCUGCGUCUAAAAGUGACCCAGGCGGGUUGGAAGAAGUAGGUAAAACAGAAGCUGAGGCAAAAGCUAGCAAGGAGGAGGAUCCAGAUGAAGAAACAGACAUCCGUAAGUCUCAGCGUAAAAGGAGGAAGGUGGAGAGUUCGUCUGGGGCCAAAGACUUUGAGUCGUCAAGGAAGGGGACCCUGCGUGGAUCUGCCGCUCAGAAAGAAGAACCUAAGCAGAAAGGGUCAGAGCAAACUCCAAUCCAAAAAAGGCCUCUUAGCCGCCAGAGUAGCCAGGACUCUGCUCGCUCCUCUUCUUCAUCAUCUGGGUGCUCAACCCUAACUCGUCAAGCUCACCACAAGAGGACUUACGAGAAUAGACUUCCUACCAAGAAGAGGCGCAUGGAUGUCACCUCAGAAACGGGGAACGAGGAGAAUAACGAAGAGGAUAAGAAGCACACCUCUCGGGGAAGGCGUUCCAGGUCUUCUUCUUCCUCGGACUCUGACACCAGUGAGCACAGGGAAGAGCAUCGGUUAACACGCUCAGCUAAACACAGGCUGCAAGAUCAGGAGAGGGAGAAGGGCAACAGCCGACAUGGAAAGAAACCCGACAGGAGUGCAUCAAACAAUACCAACGCAUCCACAGGUGGAGAGUCCGGCAGUGACACAUCUUCUGUCAGGAUCACCAGAAAGUCUGCAGGAUCUAAGCCCUCGCAAGAAAGUAAAGCUCAAACAAACCGCGCGCCCUUGAUUCCUCCUGAGCCUGAAGUCCUUGGGAAGAGGUGCUCGGCUCUCAAUGCUGCAGCCAAGCUCCUGGCAAUGAAAGGCAGGGUGGAUACCCCUGGCCACACCACUCGGAAAGACUCUGGUGCUAAGGCUGCCGGGACUUCCCCUGCCUCUUCUGACAAGAACCAAAAGUCUAAAAGCAAAAGUGUUCCAGCCUCCCCUCAGAGUAACUCUUUACAUCUUAGUAAUAAUAAAAGCAGUAGCAGCAAAACUUUAACACCCAACCAGACAAGCCACUCUGCUUCCCGCUCAACCAGGCAGCGCCCCGGUUCUCUGGUUCCACCCCUGGAAGUGGAGUACAAGAGGUCAAAGGCAGAUGAAAAAGACAGGGGGGCUAGAAGGUCUUCAAGGAUCAAGGAAGGCGAGGCAGAGGCGCUGUCUUCCUCCCGAGGCCACAGUGCCUGCAGCAGCGUGAGCAGUGAGGGCGACGCUGGCGGACGCAGCAGCAGGAGCCGCAGCAGCAGCAGCAGCAACAGCAGCCAGCGGACCCGCAGCAUCAGCUCUCAGAACACGGAGCGCCGAGAGUCCCGCGCCACUUCCUCCGGCAGCGAGCGAGAGAGGGAUCGCAGCUCCGAGAGCAGAGACAAAAGAGACAGGCACCGCAGGGAGAGCCUGAGGUCGCAUAAGCUCACGCAGGAGGUGACCAGCAGUUCGGGAGCAGAGGGGACUCCGGACCGGGUCCUGCGGAGCGUUGCGGCCCUCGCAGCGGUGCAGGCCCGGUCACCGGCCGCAAGCACCCGCUCCUCGUUUGGUCACCACCGUCACAACAAGACAUGAUCAGAGUGCCAAAGGGAAAAAAUAAAAGCGAGAGCACGAUACGAGGGCACGUCAUGACCUCCAAGGUUGCUGCUUUGUGUGCACUCUUAAUGAAUGCAGGGGAACUGAGUGCUGCACAAGCCAGGGACCUCCCUGCCUCUUGGGCCCUCUCCCUUUCCAAUUUGGAGCUGGCCGACUCAGCAGCUCAGCUGGGGGAAGGCUCAGGGAAUGCCGGACUGAGAGUUAAAAAAAAAUGUGGCGCCAUUGUUGUGCGUCCGUAAACAGACGGAGAGAUGGUGCAGUGGAUAAGUCGCCGCUGGGACUUGAGGGGGACAAAGGUGCAAGAGAUAAUAAAGGAAAGCUGUUAGUUCACAUUAUGUACUGUAAUCAUUAAAGACUGGAACACUCAGAUCUUAUUUGUUAAGAUGGGAUUAUACAGCACCCUCUAUCAGGGUCAUAAAUGGUAAGUCAUUUGUGUGACAUUAAAAUCGUACGAGUGACCAGUUGUAUUGUAAGUUGGAGGUUUUAGAGUUUGGUUUUCAAAUUUUGUCUGCUGUCCUGACUAUUGUUUCUUUGUAGUCAGUUGAUAAGUUAUGCAUAUUUUAUUAUUUCUUCCAAGGUAUUAGGAAGAGACCAGAUCUUUCAAUGUGAUCUUUGCUGCACUAUGCUGGAGCUUGUCUUUUGCUUGGGCCCUUUUUUUUUUGUCAUGUCAGUUUCUGUUCAUUGGAUUUCUUUUUAAAUCCAGCCUUGCAUUUCUCAUUUGCACAUCUGAUAUUGUGGCCCUCGGCUUUUGAAUACAUUGUGGUGUAGUAAUACGUUUUUACAUCAACUGCAGUCUAUAAUUGGUUCCAUGUACCUCACGAUGUAUCUCUACAGUUUGAACAUGUAUUAAUUGAAGCUGCAACUUGUCUUGAACAGACCUGGAGCAGCAAAAAUUAAAUUUCUUUUUUCUAAUCUUCCUAAAGGCAGUUGUAGUUAUGGUCCACUUUGUCAUGUAUUAAUAUCAAAAGGGCAAGUCAAUGUUAUUAAAAAUGAAGAGUGCCUCUUUGGCCAAAUGGGUUAGAACCUCAGAUUGCCUUGUGAAGCACCUGAAGCAGGGGUGUCAUGCUUAUUACAAAAAGAAAAUGUAAAAGCCAAACAAAAAGGAUACAACUCGAGAACAUCAAAAAAGCACCCUGAGCGUCAGUGCUACCAAAUUAAUGUUUUACUUUUCACCUGAAUUUAUUUGUCACCAUCACUUCAUUGCUCUUCUUUCAUGUAAAAAAAAAAAAAAAAAAGAAUUACUUGGACAAAAUAUGUGAAUAAAAAUUACUGGUACAGUUCCAGAUGACUGUAAACUGUCGAUUUCCUUUUGGACAUGUCGAAGAUAUUGAGCAAAAGUUGAUAUUUGGGAGGGGGGGUGGAUUGGGUGGUAGUCUAUGGUGAUGGUCUUAUUUUUUAUUUGUCUCUUUAUUUGUUGCAUUCCUUUUGAUCCCUUGUAAUUCCACAUUGUUUUACUUGAAAAAUUAAGACAAUUACAGUUGAAUAAAAAGACCAAAAAUUA